UACAGAGUGGGGAGAAGCGGCUGUGGUGGCACCAUUUCACGUGCUGUGCUACAUAACCUUUUAUGGGUAUUAUUGUGUAGUGUUUUGUGUUUCAAUGUUUAUAUUGGGUUUAUAAAAUUAGGUUAUGUUAGUCUGAAAUUUUAAUCAAACAAGUCAUAAUUUAAUUUGCACAACAGUUUAUUGUGAUAAUCAAUUUAUUUUUGGGUCAAUACAAACGAAAAUUAAAUUGAAUUAUAAUGCAGAACCCAAAUGAGGACACAGAGUGGAAUGAUAUUCUUAGAAGUAAAGGAAUAAUACCUCCAAAAGAAAAGGAAGUUACUGAAGAUGACAUUGUGAGUUUAUUGGAAUCAACAGUUCAAGAAAAAACAACAGGCAAGAAGUCAUUGGCAGACUUGGACUUGAACGAAUUAGACGAGCUGGAGGAUGAAGAAGACGAGAAGAUUUUACUUGAAUACAGAGCCAAGAGGAUAGCGGAAAUCAAGGCUUUAGCAGAGAAAGCUAAGUAUGGUGAAGUGCGUGAAAUCAGUGCGGAAGACUACAUCGGACAAGUGAAUAAGGCAGGAGAGGGAGUGUGGGUCGUACUUCAUCUAUACAAGCAGGGGAUUCCUCUGUGUGCAUUGCUCAACCAACAUUUGAAUCAACUGGCCUCCAAGUUUCGUGCCACAAAGUUUCUAAAGAGUGUUUCAACAACUUGUAUACCAAACUAUCCUGACAAAAAUUUGCCAACUAUAUUUGUGUACUUUGAAGGGGAGAUGAAAUCUCAACUAAUUGGACCUGUGUCUUUUCGCCAUGCCGACAUUUCUGUUGAAGAAUUGGAGUGGAUGCUAGGACAGACAGGAGCAGUGCAGUCAGAAAUCACUGACGACCCUCGGCCUAAACCUAAGGACGUUUUGUUUUCCUCAUUGAAGGGUGAAAACAAUGACUGGACUUUAUGAUAGAGCUGAUUCAUCGGAUAUAAUGAUUUGAGUUAUGCCGCUUUACAUUGUGUAUUUCAAUAAUUUGUUUCUUACUUCCCAUAGUAAUGGCAUGGAUGUGUUGAUUUUGUUUGCACUUAUACUUUUAUUUAUUGUUAAUGAUCAAAAAAUUGUUUUUAAAACAUUUUAUUUUUUACUUGUAAUAAAGAAGUAUUUAUUGUACUUA